UAAAUGAAUGAAGUCGACGUCUCCAAAUGUUUAAAUUAAUUUAAAGUGAAUUACCUACAGCUAAGCUCUCUUUACGUUCACAGGUCACAGGCCUGUCGUGUCCAAGUAAUUAUAAUUAGUAGUCCUCCAGUAAUAAUUCUUUCCUAAAGCGGACCUGUAACCAACAACUCAAACUUAUAUAACUGCAUAUUUUUUUACUUUUUCUGCUGAAUGGAAAACUCCUACAUGACCUCCACAAUCUUAUCAACUCUUCACGAAGAUGCGUCAACCGCCAUGCCAUCCAGACUUGUCUCUACUGUAACCACGUCCGCUCUAAAUGAAGCGACAAACACCAGCGCGAUGCCAAGUAUUGAGGCAGUUGGAACGUUUUUUUCUUGGUACGAUUACGUUCUCUUUUGCGUAAUGCUCUCUCUUAGUUUAGGAAUAGGAAUAUAUUUUGGAUGUUUUGGUAAGAAGCAGACUGCUAAGGACUAUUUGCAUGCUGGAGGAAAUAUGAAGGUGUUGCCAGUGGUGAUAUCUCUAGUGGCAAGUCAUUGCUCUGGAGUAACUUUACUAGCUUUACCUUCUGAGGUAUACAUGCACGGAGCAAAUUAUUGGUUGUGCGUUUUUUGCCUAAUCCUAGUAACUAUGGUCACUGUAUAUAUUUUCAUGCCUGUUUUCUACAAACUGCAAUUAACCAGCACUUACGAAUAUUUGGGUAUAAGAUUUGACAAAAGAACGAGAAAAUUUUCAUCCAUACUGUUUACUAUAUCCGUUUUUCUUCACAUUCCGAUUGUGACGUACAUACCUGCCUUGGCAUUUUCAUCAGCAACUGGUUUGAACAAAAACUUAGUUAUACCUUUGAUUUGUGGAAUUUGCAUAUUCUACACAGCUAUUGGUGGAUUGAAGGCCUUGGUAUGGUCGGAUACUCUUUUAUUUUCGGGAACAAUAGGUUCCCUUUUAGCCAUAAUGGUAAUAGGUGUGAACAAAGUUGGUGGACUCUCAAAUAUUUUCAGAAUCGCUCGUGAAGGAGAACGUAUGGUUACAUUUAGCUUUGGUUUAGAUUUGACUGAAAGAGAUUCAUUUUGGACAAUAAUUAUUGGAUUUACGAUUUACUGGGUCGCUAUGAUGAGUAUUAAUCAAGGAUGUACUCAAAAGUUUUUGGCAGUACCAACACUGAAACAGUCCAAGCUAGUAGUCUGCCUGUAUUGCGGUCUGGGUAUGUCAUUGGUUAAAACUCUUGGUGUAUUGACUGGUCUAGCUUUAUACGCCAAUUACGAAAAAUGUGAUCCCUUAACUUCGCACAAGAUUGCGCAUAGUAACGAAAUACUUCCUUACUAUGUCCUAGAAGUGGCUGGAAAAAUUCCGGGGUUAUCUGGAUUGUUUAUUGCAGGAGUGUUUUGUGCAUCGUUAAGUUCUUUAUCUGCUAACUUAAACAGUUUGGCUGGAACCAUAUAUGAAGAUUUUGUAAAAGCCAAAUUGAGCGAGAAACGUCAAAGAAAUCCAGCCAUCUUUCUAAAAUCCUUCGUUGUCAUCAUCGGAAUUAUCACUACUGCUCUGGUAUAUAUCGUAGAACAUUUAGGAGGUUUAUUAUCUCUUAACAUUGGAUUGAACGGUAUAGCGCAAGGACCUUUGCUCGGGCUAUUCACAUUAGGAGUUCUGUUUCCAAGAGCUAAUUCGAAAGGAGCCUUUUACGGCGCUAUAGUCAGUACCAUUUGUAUGAUAACUUUGGUCUUUGGAGCUAACUACUUAAAAUCAAUUCAUGCGUUAAAAGCUGUAGUAAAACCUGUAUCCAUAGAAGGUUGUUUAAACACAACAAAUUUAACAAUUAGUCCAUUUUUAACAAGUACAUCAAGUCCUACAAUACCAACUGAAGAUAUUUCAGUGUAUUUAAAAAUCUUCUCUAUCUCAUUCUAUUGGUACUGCCUUAUAGGUUCUACAAUUUGCAUAGUAGUAGCUUUAAUUAUCAGCUACUUUUCUGAAGAAAAUGAUCCGCCAGUUGCUAGAGAGCUAUUAAGUCCGAUCAUUUAUGGUAUUAUAGACGAAGAUAAAUACAUAAAUAGAUUGGAUUUGGAAUAUUCCGGAAUAGAUGAGGCAAUUUCUAGACUAGAAGGGAAGAACCUGGAUAGGACGUCCUCCAAAUGGGAAGAAAUGAGGCAGGAGCGAAUGAGGAAGAUGUCAAUGCUUUCUAAUGUUGAUAUUUGAAAUUUUUAGUUGAUUAUUUAUAAAGAGUACCAACUUUUAGUUAUGUUCUGAGGAUCACGAUAAUUGCAUAAAUUUAAAAACAGGCAAUGUUAAUGAUAUUUACCAAUUUAUAUUAAUAAUUUAAUAAAAUUACUAUUUUUGAUGUAAUAUCAUAAUUUCUUGCUA